AUGACGGAUCAGGUUCGGUAUGCCAUGCAGGUCCUUACGCCGCCCCCAUCGCUCCCCGAAUCGUCCGACGCUGGCAGAAAUGCGAAUGUGGCGAAGCAAACCGUAGCGCUCUGGCACGAGUUCUCGGCCACUCACUAUCAGGGUCCCGUCAUGGCCAUACUGCGUAGGCGUCGUAGAGAAGGCUCUGGGCCUUUUUACUCAGAAGCUAUGCAGGUACGAGUCACCAAUCGAGUACAGAACAGCGUGGAAGUAGCACUCCUCGAGUAUCGAGGGCCCGGGGUUUCUAGGCGGGGAACCAGUGACGAGAUGAGGAUCACAGCCCAACGGGCUUGCGACUUUGAAGAGUCUCUCUUCACUUGA